AUGGAUCCCUCUCAGCAGCAUCACCACCACCCGCAUCACCACCAUCACCACCAUCACGCCCAUCGCCACCAUCACAAGUCGCUGUCGCAACAGCAGUCGUCCACCUCCCUCUCGACGGCGAACCGCGGGACCCCGCCGUUGCACACGCACCUCCCUUCCUCCUCUUCCAUGCCGCUGAGGACCGCCAACAGCACUCCCAUGUCUUCUCCUGGGCUUUUCAGCCCCUCGGCUUCGCGACAAAACCUCGUCACGUCCGUUUCCGAGAACAACACACCUCCUGGGUAUACCCAGAGUCCUCUGUUGCAUCCGUUACAAAUGCACAAAGUUCGAGAGACGCACAAAGCUCUUAUCGACUCAGAUACCCUCACGGGCCGGAAGCUCAUCAACCAAUAUGAAGUGAUCGAAGAAAUUGGUCGUGGAAUGCACGGCAAAGUCAAGUUGGCUCGCAACUUGGAAACAAACGAGAAUGUGGCCAUCAAGAUCAUCCCGCGAUUUUCGAAGAAGCGCCGCCUCGGCAAAGUCACAGCCAUGUCGCCUCAAGACAAGACGAAAAAGGAAAUCGCCAUCCUCAAGAAGAUUCGUCACCCGAAUGUGGUAGCCCUGCUCGAGGUCAUCGAUGAUCCGGAGCUUAAGAAGAUCUACAUGGUUCUUGAGCAUGUGGAGCUGGGUGAAGUGGUCUGGCGCAAGAAGGGUCUCCCUCACAUCUGCCUGUACGAGCGACGGCGCAUUGAGCGUCAAAUGCGAGGCGAACCCCCGACCCCCGAGGAGGAACGUUAUGAACAGUUUCUCGAGAACCGCCAAGCCCUCAAGCAAAUAAAGCGAGCCAAGGCGGCUCUGGGUUAUCAUGGCCAGACCAACUACUGGAGCUUCGAGCACGGCGAUGUCGACGAGCCUAUCACCAACCCGGGCGCCCAAUCUCGGGUCUUAUCGAGAGACGACUUCGCAGUCAGUGACGAGCCGCCAUCGAGACCCAUCUCUCGCCAAGCCUCUUGCACCGAAUCAAGAACCCACUCGCGAUCUCGUUCCGUCGUAUCCUCAACCCGAGCUGUGGAGGAUCCUGAUGAGUUCCUCCAGUGGGAGGACGAUAACGAGACACCAGGCGCUCUUCGAUCCAACCACACAUCGAGUGUCGCUCUGGACGGAACCAUGUACGGACCCUACGUCGACGAAGGCUUUCGUGGCCGUUCCCCCAGUAUGGCCGACUCUAUCAUCUCCCACAUGUCGUCUCUUGACUUCAACCCUCAAUCACACGACCCGUUCUCAGACGACUUUUCCUACGUACCUUGCUUUACCUUCGACCAAGCCCGCUCUACCUUUAGAGAUACCGUUUUGGGUCUAGAAUAUUUGCAUUAUCAGGGCGUUGUUCAUCGAGAUAUCAAGCCGGCGAACCUCCUGUGGAGCAGGGAGCACCGCGUGAAGAUCUCCGACUUUGGUGUGUCCUACUUUGGUAGACCCAUCCGUGAUGGCGAGCCCGACGACACUGUUUCCGAGUCGGAGGCUAAGGACUUCGAUGACGACCUCGAACUCGCCAAGACGGUUGGCACUCCAGCCUUCUUUGCCCCCGAACUUUGCUAUACGGACCUGGACAAGGAACAACCCAAGGUUUCGGAGCAGAUUGAUGUUUGGUCUCUUGGAGUCACCCUCUACUGCCUCAUCUACGCCCGAAUUCCCUUCCUGGCCGAAGAUGAAUUCCAGAUGUUCCGAAAGAUUGCGACAGAGGAGGUGUAUAUUCCCAGGAAACGUCUUAUGCCGGUUCAUCCAUCGACAUCACCUACUGCUACAUCCCUUUACAAGCGUCAGAACAUGCACCCCUACCGAGACGACAACGAUCUGGCAUAUGAGGAAGUCGACAAUCUCCUCAUCGACCUCUUGCGCCAGAUGCUCACUAAGAAUCCCGAGAAGCGUAUUCGGCUACGAGACAUCAAGCGACAUCCCUGGGUAGUUCAGGACCUUAUCGACCCUGUCGGCUGGCUCGAUGACACGGAUCCUGCACGGCCCUCAUCUGGUCGACGAAUUCAAGUCGACGAUAGGGAUGUGUCGGCAGCGGUUGUACCGCUCACAUUCCUCGAGCGAGCACGCUCUGUGGUCAAGAAGGCCGUUGGCAAGGUAAUACACCCCCUGGUGGAGCGGAGUGAUAGCAAGACUCGACGAAGAGCCGACAGUAGUGCCGCUAGCUCCGCCGGUGACAGUAUGAGCAUGUACAACAACGUGCCACCGGCGACUCCGCAUCAACAGUAUCGCGACAACCGACGCAAAAGCAUCCGCGCCGACGAUUACUUUGCCAACGCCGUUCGUGAAGCUACUGCGAAUUCGGACCACCCUCUCUCGGUCAGCCAGUCGGUCAGCCCUCAGCCGGAAUCUGUCGUCUACGACCCCCUAGCCACAGUGCUUCCCUCAAACGAAGCUCCUCGAGGGCAUGCCCAUGCGCACAGCGAAAGUGAGUCUCAGCGGGAACCUGAGAAAUCGAACUCAGCGGCAUCUCUAUGGCCCUUUCAUCGCCAUACCCAUAGUCAUGGCCAGAGCAGUCAUCACCACAGCAGGUCCAGCCAUCACUUCCUCCACUUUGGUCCUCCGAUGCCCAUCUCUCAGACUACGCCUACCACGCCCAACUUUGCCUGUCAAUCCGAUCACCCCGACGAUUCUGGGGCUGAGACAAUUCGAAAAACGCGGGAUAUGGAUUCUGCUGAUGAGAGCUCCCGAUCACGCUCGGUUGACCGUGGACUCUUUGCCAGCAGCGACAAGCGCGCUGAAGCUAAGGUUGGUGUAAGCACCGCUGUCGCUCCAGGCAGCGUUCACAAGCCAUCUCGUCACGGACGUCCCAUCAAAUCUGUCGACCUCGGCAAGGGUGCACAGAGCAAGCGGCUAGAGGCAUCACUGCUCUCUGCAUCGCUUGUGGCUGCCACUGGGUAUCAACAUGGGCAACCCCUGAUUGACCCCAGCUAUUACGGUGAAGCCCGACCUUCUACGAAGACAAGGCCCCCGGCAGCACACAGAGUCGACAGUGCGCCGCGGCCCAAGGCUGACCCUGUCAGCUUCUCGUGCCCGCCCUCACCAAUUCAAGAAGAAUGGAGCCGGAACCAGUCCUUGCCCCGUGCAGAGACGAUGCCCACUACCAAGUCGUCGAGUGUAGACUCGAUGGAGGCUCUGGGUACCCCUUCGACCAGCCCAAGCGAGGUGACCAGCCCGGUGUCGGCGCAGCCUUCGACUGCCAGCACGUCGGAGCGGAUGCUGGUGUUCCAGUCUGACCCCUCGCUGCCAGCCCUGCUCAGUGGAGCUAGCUCCGUGUCGGCGGAUAUGGAGGCAGAACUCCUUUGCAAGCCAGGUAUCGUGAGCGCUCACCCAAACCUGCUCGAGACAACCGACAGCCUCACACCACCGGCCCUUAAUAAGGAGCCCGCGGCUGGCUUCCCGAUCGAUCAGGUUUUCGGCAACGCUCCCGCUAUGGAGAGCGGCCCGCUGGCUGUGCACCUGGAUGGAAGCACACGGGACUCGGUGACAAGCACCCCUGUCGCCCGACCUGUGGAAGACGACUUUGACGACGACGGUAGUGAUGAUGGAAUUCUGUUGAUGGCCAAGUCCAAGAAGAAGCCAGUACCAUCGUCGUCUGGUGUUCCUCGUCCUCCAGCCUUUAACCCUCGGAGACGAGAUACCAACAUCAGCAUUGCCAGCACCGAGACGGCCAAGAAGGUACCAACUUCUAUUCACGGCGAUGAGUGGAUGUCGCACUAUGAAUCAUGA